AUGCCUCACCAGAACCGUCAGGCUGACGGCCGACAGGAUCACUUCAGGAAUAAGCCCCUCCAAGAGCACGGCUCGUUAUGGAACCAGCUUUGGGAGCGCCAGACCACCAGUUGGGACCGAGGCGGUCCCAGUAUCGCCCUUCACGAGGCCCUCAGCGUCUACCCUGAGCUCUUUGAUGGCACCUAUCCCGAUCUUGGGCUGCUCAGCGACUUCGUUGGCCACGAAACCGCUCAAGCAGCCACCCCAUCCACCACCUCAGCCACGGCACCCAGGAAAAAGGCUCUCGUGCCAGCCUGCGGAAGAGGCUACGACGCGGUUCUCCUUGCCAAGGUGUUCGGUUACGACGUUGUCGGGCUGGAGAUCUCAUCCACUGCACUGGAUGCUGCCAGACAAUAUGAGAACAGCGUCAACGAGGUGCUCGAUGCACCGGUGAAGCAGCAGCCGCCCUCCCACGACGACCCAGCAGUGGACUUUUGGAUCAAGAACCGGAGCUCGUCUCCAGGACGCGUAAACUGGGUCUCUGGGGACUUCUUCUCGGACGGCUGGCUAGUUGAUGCCGGUGCUGAGCAAUUUGAUCUCAUUUUCGAUUACACUUUUUUCUGCGCCAUCCCCCCGUCGGCUCGACCAAAAUGGGCAGCAAGAAUGCAACAGCUCCUCGCUCGGCCCAAUGGUAGACUUGUCUGUCUCGAGUUCCCAACUGGCAAGCAUCCAUCGACAGGUGGCCCUCCCCACAGCGCAGCCUUCUGGUUUUAUCAGCUGCACCUGUCCAAUCCCGGGAACGAACAGAUCAUCACGUACAGCGAGCCGAAGAAUCCGGCUCAAAACGACCAUGAGCAAGAUGACCAAGUACAAAAGCAGAGCACUAUUAACGCCAAAGCUGGCGCCUCUAGCGGUCCAGGAUUGGCCAUGAUAGUACCCAGGCCUCGUAGUGAGAGGGCUCCAAUCACCAAAGCGCCGGAAACCGAGAAUGGUUUGAGCGUCAACAAAGAGCACAAUGUGAUUCACACGGCUUCACCAAUUCGUGUGGGCCAUUUCGAUUACUAUCUGAGAUAUAAUCUUGCGGGCCGUGGCACGGAAGCGAGACAGGCUCAGCAGGGCCUACCAGGCUCGCUCGAAGACGAAAGCCCCAUCACCGCGCGCCGCCCAAAACGCCCUCGUACCGGCGCCCAGGAUCCCACUGCCGAGCAGGAUGCUGGUGCAAGACAUAAGCUUCCCUCACGCAAGGGUGCCCACUUUGACGGUGCAUUGGAUGACAACAUCCGGUCAAACAUUCAUAGCGACCAUGAUCUGAGUCAAACGGCUCAGGAGUAUGAGGUGGAUGACAUUUAUAGCGCGCCAGUUGAUACAAAUGCUGGGAAUACGAAGAAAGCCGGCGACCGAGAAGCGAAGAAUCAGACCAGCGGCCGAAGCAAUAUUAGGACCACCUAUACAUGGGACAACAGAAUCCCGGUUGACUUUCGACCCGCAAACAGCGGCCGAAGCAACGUUGGAACUGCCUAUAAAUGGCUCAACUUAACCGUGGCUGACUUUCAAGCCGCAAAGAAGCAGCGGCUUGAUCGUAUCGCCAUGGGAUCGGUAGGCCCUGUAUCGCGCUCGGCUGAUGGAAACAUGGAACUGUACCGGCUCGUCAUGGGCACCGAGUCCGUAGAGACAUCCUCUAGAACCGAUUCGUCAGACGCGGAGGCAUUCAUCAGCCGAGUUACAGAAACCAUCCAAACAAAAGAUGGUGGCACUGACCAAACUAGCGGAGGCUCUUCAAUUAGGACACCAAUCAGGCACAGACUCCAGGGAGUCGGGCCGGAUGUUUCCGGUAGUACUUGGAGCGGCCGCUUGCGACGUCGGGCAGCCAUUCGAAGUCGCUCUUGA